AUGAUGCUUCUGCUGCUAACCGUCACCGGCUUUUCGAGCCUCCGGCUGUCCUCGUCAACUCCAGUGACUCACGUUGCACGCUACGCAGCGUCGCCGCGCAGCGUCACGAUGCAGCACGGCGGCAAAGGCUUCGGCGGUGGCGAAGCGACAAGGGAUCCGCCACCAACAGUUUACGACCCGAGCGAUCCCAAGGGUAAGCAGCAAGCGAUACACAAGGCUGAGAGCUUCGCCGAGUACCUCGCAAAGCGAGGAGGCUUCAGCGACAGCCACAAGUCCGGAGUGUGCGAGCCCAGAAGUGCGGCAGUCUCGAAGGUAGCUCCUGCCACCGCGCCAGCCUCCGGCAGCCCGUACGCGGAGCUCGCCGACGCGUACUUUGCGGACAUUCGAGGGCCGUCGAUUGCCUUUCGGCCCGGCCGGGUCGACUGGGAGGGCGAGCACGAGCUGCUCGCUGGCGGCUGGUGCAACCCGAUGCCGCGGGGAGGGCACGGCAGGCUGCCUGGCGCCGAGAAGCCGUCGGGCUGGCAGAAGCUGUGCGGCCACAUCCGCGAUGAAGUCUUUUACCGGAUGGGCUUCGGCGACCGAGAGAUCGUGGCGCUGCUCUGCGGCGGCCACGCGAUGCUCGCGCGCGAGUUUGGCGCCGCCUUCAAGAAGCUGACCGAGCUGGGGUGUGAGGGCGUGCUGCAGCCGGAAGUGGCGGCGGGGGGACUUGCGGCGGCACGUUGA